GAGCAAGGGGGCGGUUGAGUUAACGUUAAUUUCCCGCACUGUGUAACCGCCGUGAGAUCAACCCCCGCUAGCCAGCUCUCUUUUUGACAGCCGGGGACUACAUUCAAGGCUGUUAUUUUACAAUGGCCCUACUUGGAAGCAGAAUGUGAAUUAUCUGUGCAAAUAGGGAGAAAUAGGGGUGUAAAUAUAGACAGUGCAGGCAGUGCUGUUGCACUGGGGCCCAUGUUUGGUGGAGAAUGGGCCCUUUUGAGUGAUAGCCACCUUGGGAAAAAAAAAAUGUGAUCAAAGAAGAAUUCUCAUUCAAUUAAAAACAGUGUCAUUUGCUAUAUAUGCCCUUGAAAAAGGCAAAGCCAUCUCUGUCAUGUUUACUUUUUUCUUUUUUUUUUUUAAAUAGUCAGUUGCAUCUAUAACAAAAUAAUAUGCUUACUCUGUAACUAUAAAUCAACAAUUAGAAUCGUUAAAGUAAUAAUUUCUUAAAUUUCUUUGGUCUUUUUUGUUAUAUACAGAUAUGUGAUGAUGUUUCGUGGGAAAUAUGUAUGUUAAUGUUAUUCAGUGUCAGUUCUCUGAUCAUGUGAUGAGACAUUAUGUGUAUGAUAGCGUGCACUAGGGCCCGUCAUAAUAGGGUACACUGGGGCCAAUUGCAACUACCUUAGCCACUGAGGGAAAACCUUCACAUUCCCUUUCAUUAGGAAAGUUGUUACUGUUGAUGUAAUGUAAAAGUGUAACACCUUAUUCCUACAAAACUCGUAUUAACCGUAUGACACAAGAUACUGAAUACAGGUUCAACUUGUGUUUGACUGUCCAUACCAGACUAGGGCUGCGGCUAAAACUUAUUUUCAGUGAUUAGUUGUUUGGUCUUUAAAGUGCUGAUCAGUGUUUCUCAAAGCCCAAAUAUCUCGUUUUGUCCACAACCAGAGAUAUUCUGUUUAUUGUCAAAAGGAGUGAGGAAAAUAGAAAAUAUUCACAUUUAAGAGGGUGGAAUCAAACAAUUUUGACUCCUUUGUCUUAAAAUAAUUAGUCAGAUUGAUUGAUUAUUAAAUUGUUUGGUGAUUAAUUUAAUAGUUGACAGCUAAUCAAACAAUGUUGCAGCUCUACCAGUCAAUAUUGGUCACUGGCAUGUACUGGUUUGUAGUCCAGGUGUCAUUGUAAGUACAAGAUUAUAAUGUAUUAUGCCAGUUCAUACUGUAUGCUGUUCGGCAGCCCUUAACCGUUUUCUUUUUCUCGCUUUUGUUUGUGAUGUUACACUCAAUUCCAAACACGCAAAAAAAGGGCAGGGAAAUCUAUAAAAUGAUACCAAUAUCUGCAUGAGUAGCACAACAGCAUUUAACUUAACACUUGAGCCUAUUUGAUUAAACUUCUGCAUAGUAACCUGUGCUCACCUUCGUACACCAUGGCCAACAGUGUCAGACCUGCGUAAACCUACAUUUUUGUGACACAUAGCUUUUGUGGAAAAAAGAGUGACUACCUCUGCUUCUUGUACACUUAAUGGGCACUCCAGUUAGCUGUUAUUUUUUUGAUCCCAUUAGAGUGUUGCCUGCUAAAAAAGCCUGUGAGUUGAUCAGGUCAAAGGGGUUUUGAUGAGAAGCCUUUUUGUUUUAAAUAAAGUGAAAUACCAGAAGAGGGGAGCUGUGGAGGUCUUGGAAAUAGUUUUCAACCAAACCACACAUUGCAUGGCACAGGACAUGUAGGAGGACCUUCGCACAGAUGUACUUUGGAGUCACAUCAAUAUUUUGUCAUCAGAUGUUGCCCCAGUGUAAACACCAAUUUUUUUCCCAGACCUUUCAUUACAGAGUUGCAUUUCAGCCUGAGGACAGGGAGUCCACAGGAGGACCAGACUAAGCAAGUUGUAGCUCUCUGAAAACGCUUGCUCGGCAGGCAGAGGAUAGGUGGAGAGUUUGUGUGUUAAAGGAGUUGAGGGGCUGGAGACAUGGGAGGGGGCUGAAAUGCUUAUGAAGCAGGGCCUGGGGACCUUAAGUUUCUGUACUGUCAACAAACAGUAGAUUAUUGGUGCUGUGCUGAUGGACUUUUAAAUCAUUAAGGUUAUGAACACUGCUGAGAUGAUGCUGUGCUCUUGUUUGGUCUGUGCAGUUUGUGUAUUUUUUAAUUUGUGUUGAUGUUUUUAAAAUAGAAAAACUUGAAUAAAAACUAAAAAAAAACAAAACCAACAGAUCCAAAUCUCAUCUUAUCCACAACUUAAGUGAAACUUAAAUGCAGGCCAAAACAUUGGUGGAGACCUCUGUUAAAGCAAUAGUAGAUGGUAAUGAGGGCAGAACAAAAGCAUGUUUACUUUGCUGAAAGGCCCACAGCAGGGGUUUAUUGAAAGAAGCAGAUAAAGUGUUACCACACAACUGUUUUUCAUCAUUAAGACCAAUCAAUACAGUCUAAUCAAUAGAUUUUUACGAUAAUGCUCCACCAUUAGGAGAAGUUAUGUACUCUGGUCUGCUCCACUUCAUAUGGCUUUCUUAUGGCCCAUUAAUCUCUCUGCUGUUUUCUUGUUCUCAGAGGAGCUUAUUCAAAAGAGAUACAGUCUGAACUUUCACAUGACUGCCCUGUCACUGAUUUCCACUAAAUUGAUUUUUCCUGCAAUAAUGCACUUUCAAAAAUACAGCACAGUCUGCGUGAAAUUGCUUAAAACAUAAAAUGUGCAGCAAGAUUUGCGUCAGAUUUGGCCAGUUCUGACGUCAGGGCACCCUCGACAUUUUCAGCCGCUCAGAUGAAAUGCUCCAUAAGCGUACUGUUGCAUGAGACGGCUGUGUGGUGAGCCGAAACACCUGUUUAAACAGGGCCUUUAACGUUAACUGCCGCCCUCCCCCCGUCCGUGGCCUGUUUUGAAACCGGAGUGGUGAGUCACUCCUCUCUCGGUUUAGAAAAACAGAUCCGGCCAGGCUGGGGCUCGGCGGGGGGAUGGGAGGCCGGCGGUGGAUGAACACCGGAGGUGGACGCAGCUGGACUCCCACUCCUAAAGACCCCACAUCCUGACAACGGCCAGUCGUGUUCCCAUAGAGACCUAGGCUGAUCUGAGAGAGGGAAAAAACACCGUCAGAAGGAAUUAAUACGCGAUUUUUCCCAGCAUAGUAAUCUUUGGAGCAGCCAAUCAAUUGAUCAUAUUCAAAAAAAGGAGAACCAAGAGUGCAGAUCUGCCAGUUCCCCAAAAUGGACCGCAACCCUUGUGGUAGCCUAUCUUUGUUCUUGUUAUGUCCAGGGGUGGAAGCAUUCCUGAAGCACCAAUGUGUUAUAUGCUUUUAUUUUCUACUUUUUCAGUGAGAAAAGAAAACAUUCACCAAAACAGAUAAUGCUUAUUUUCAUUGUCGAUUAAUCCGUCAAAUAUUUUCUCAAUUAGCCUAAUCUAUUAGUUGUUUGGUCAGUAAACUGUUGAUCAGUGUUUCCAAAGACAAAGAUGAAGCCCUCUCAUACCUUGUUUUGUCCACAACCUAGAAAUAUUCAGUUUACUAUCACAAAGCAACAAAGAAAAUAGAAAAUAUUCACAUUUAAGAAGCUGGAAUCAUUUUAUAGACAAUGUUGACUCUUUUAUUUCUUAAAAAUGCUCAGAUUUAUUGGUUAAAUGAGUUAUUGGUGCUUAAUUUAAUAGCCUACUUGACAGCUAAUCAAACAGUGUUGCAGCUCUGCCAGACAAUAUUGGUCACUGGUUUGUAGUCCAGGCUUCAUUGUAAAUAGUCUCCUAGAUUAUAAUGUAUUAUGCAAGCUCAUAUGCUGUUUGGCCAGCCCUUAACUGUUUUCUGUCUUUCUUUAAGUUGGGAAGUUACACUCAUUUCCAAUAAUGUAUAUAAAAGAGUGCAAAUAAAGGCAGUAAAACCUAUAAAAUGAUUUCCAGCAGCAUUGUCUUUAUGCAGAUGAUAUAAUCAGUGGUAAAAUGUUAAAGAAAGAAAGGUCAGCUAAUUAGACUCGGCCAUUAUAGUGAGGAAAAUAUAUACAGAUAAACCUAUACAACAUUAACUUAUUAUUUUAAACCCACAACUGGCUCUAGCAUCCUCUAUAGCAGGGUCUCAAGCAGGGACUCACUAGAGUAAUGCUUCCUCUUACCAAAAUGCUACCUCUUCCUACUCUACCCCCUCCUCCCCUGUUUCCCGCCAAAAAGCCUUGGGGGGGUUCGAAUUCUGCCCUUUUCUGGUAGGGUGAAUCAAUGUCUCCAUGACAACCGUUGCUCUGGACGACAAGGGAUGCUCGGGGUGCUGCCGCAACAACAGCAUGCCGUGCGCAAUGCGGCAGCGCGUACCACUCUUUGAUCCAACCCCGAAAAGACUAAUUUUUAAUUAUGUUAAUGCUGAAAGCUUACAGGUGGUACAGAGAGCGAGUCGCAUUACAUUAAAUUAAACAAGGAACAACGUAGCAUCUUUGGAGAACAAUCGCAGCGACAACAUACAUGACACACAACUUGCCAACGCUGCAGUUUACGCAUGAACCACAAGAUGGCGGCAUUGUAUCCUGAAUAAACCCAGGUCUACAGGGAACCAGGAAGGAAAUAUUACAAUGUAAAAUAUUUGUCACCAGAAACACAGGACGUCAAAUUUGGUACAGUUUACAUUGUUGCUGCUUUAUCCACAGAAAAUACGCACGUCGCGUUGAAGCCUCAAGCCGCGAGCAGACCCCUUCACUUUGUUCCUGUCCUCGUAAUUGAUAAAGUUUCAUUUGAACAGCCUCUUAUUGCUAGAAAGAUGGCGGCCCCGGCGGCGAAUGAAACUGUGCAUGGAGUUCCUCCUUCACUGUCUGCUAAAGUGGUUGGGUCAUUUGCCUAUUUCACAGUGAAAGACAGAUUGCCGACCAUCCUGACCAAAGUUAUAGACACAAUACAUCGCAACAAAAACAAGUUUUUUGAAGAAUAUGGAGAGGAGGGUAUCGAGGCAGAGAAGCAAACAAUAGGUCUGCUGUCCAAAAUGAGGAAUGAGCUGCAGACUGAUAAGCCAGUAAUACCACUAACAGAUGGCCUGCAAGACACAGAGUCCUGGAACCAGUACCUGGAGAGACAACAGAAACUGCACGGAGACCAAGAGCCUGUCAGCUGGUUCAAGUCUCCAUGGCUUUAUGUGGAGUGCUACAUGUACCGCAGAGUACAGGAGGCCCUCUGGCUCAAUCCUCCCAUCAGUGACUAUGAUGUCUUUAACGAGGGAAAGACUCAGAGCUAUUUUGAGUCUCAGCAGGCUGUGAUGGCUUUAUGCACAUACACUGAGGGCAUUAACAAGAAUUUGGAGGAACUUUCCAAGAAUCAGCUGUUUGAGCAUUUUGACAAACUGCUGCAGGUUUCUCUGUGGGGGAACAAGUGUGAUCUGUCCAUCUCUGCCGGCCAAGAAAACUCACAGAAGACCAGUCCGAUAGAUUCCCUCAGCAGCCUGCAACCAUUCAUCCUGGUGAAUGACACCAACAUGGUAUGGUCAACUCUUAUUUCAGCCCAGAGGCCUGGACAGUCUGAGAAAACCACUGGGGUCAGAGUGGACAUUGUUCUAGACAAUGCUGGCUUUGAGUUAGUUACUGACUUGGUCUUAGCAGAUUUCCUGGUCUCCUCUGGCCUUGUCCAUGAGGUCCACUUUCAUGGCAAAUGCUUGCCGUGGUUCGUCUCUGAUGUCACAGCUAAUGAUUUUCAGUGGACCAUCCGGCAGACCAUGACGGCCAAUCACAGGUGGAUGUCAAAGAGUGGUGUCAAGUGGAAUACCUACCUGAAGGAAGGCGUGUGGUCCUAUCAUGAUCAUCCUUUCUGGACGCAGCCGCAUGAGUUCUGUGACAUGGCGGCUGAUGCUCCAGACCUGCAUGCGACCCUGCAGGGGGCAGACCUGGUGCUUUUCAAAGGCGAUCUCAACUACAGAAAGUUGACAGGGGACAGGCAGUGGGAUCACACAGUGGGCUUUGAUACUGCGCUACGGGGUUUUGGGCCUGCGCCACUGUGUAGCCUGAGGACUCUUAAGGCCAAUGUUCAAGUAGGUCUGCAGCCGGGCCAAGCUGAGAAGCUCACCUCCCAGGAUCCAGACUGGAUGACCAGUGGCAAAUACGCCGUCAUUCAGUACCACAACUCAAAGUCAGAAAAGAAAGACUGAGGAUCUCACUGAGAAGACGUGGAUUCAGAGGAACAUUUCAGUAAGAAGUCCCUCAAGAAGGAGUUACCUUUAAGCCAUAAGACCGUUAAGUUACACGAGGUUGUUAAUGAUGUCUGUGUUCCUCAUCAUCAGUUAAGUCUUCAUAAUGUUUGAUACAGAAAUACGCAGUAACAAAUGUUUAACAGGUAUUUUCACAACAUUUGUACCAUGUCUUACUUAAAAUGUUAGCACUUUAAGAUCUAAAUGUUUUCCCAUGAUUUGAACACAGUUGUUUACGACGACACGUUUAUCCUCAGAAGUAACAUACCAAGAUUGCUUUUUAUCACAAAUAGCUAAUGUGUUGUGCUCAGUUGUAUUAAGUCAUAUAGUGUUUACAGGUUAAUGUAGAUGCUGUUAACAAUCACGGAGUAAAAAUUGGGCUUUUUAACAUCUCCAGCAGCAAUACUUUUCUUUUUGCAUGCAGUUGAGGAGAGUGAUGAUAGAUGUAAUAUAUAGUUAUUUUUAUUUCAGCUCAGCUCAGGUUGUUCUACUGUUGCACUCAGUGUCCUUGAUAUAUGCAUGCAUCAAAACAUGCAGAUAGCCAUUUAAAGUCACCUAAGGGAGAUCACAAAAUAAUUUGGUAACCGCUUUGCUCUGUUUGAAAGAUGGCAGACUGUUAUUGGGGCAGUGUAAUAAUAACAGUGAUGAUGUGUGCUUGUGUAGAUUAAAAUGGCAACCCAGACCUCUGUAUCUGCAUAGAUAAAAAUGGAUGUCCCUGUGCACACUGUUAUGUCAUCUAAAUUGACAGUGUCAGUACUUCAGAGGUGAUGUUAACUGGAUUCUUCUCAGUGCUGCUGGGGGAGAUGAUAUCAUUUUCAUUAAUGGGAUAAUUUGAUUUAAUAAAGAAUUGUAUUGA